AUGCCUGGCAAAUUCAAAGAGGAGACCGUAGGCUCCAGUUGGAGGGAGAAUCUUCAACAACUAGAUACAGUGGGUAGUGCCGUUGGAUCAGAUAUCACAAACAUUCAAUUCAUUCUUGGGCCGGUGCUAGUGUCCGUUGUUUCCGGUGUUGGCGUUACUGUGACCGGAUACUACGCCCCAUUCCUGAUCCCAAGCUCCGUGGUUUCAGUCAUUGAAACAGGGUUGGUGAUGAAUUUCAAGCCCACGACGGGGCAUGACCAUUGGAUCAGAUACCAACUAUGGUCGGCAUCGGCAUCGGUCUGGGACUCCAACAACCUCUCUCAUCGUGGCGCAAACCGUCCUCCCUCUGACCGAGAUUCCCAUUGGAACCGCCGUGGUAAUGUCUUUGCCAAUCAGCUGAAAGUCGAUCUCACCCGUGAUGUUCCAGACCUUGACCCAGAUGUUUUGAUCGGCUCGGGUGCGACUAGCAUCCAACAAUUAGUCUUCGCAAAGGAUCUUCCGGCUGUUAAAAAUGCCUACAGCCACUCGCUGACCAUGGCUUUCUUGGUCGCAAGCAUUAUGGCUUCGCUGAUGCUGCUGGGCUCAGUGGCGGUCCAAUCGAAGAAUAUCAAGAAGAGACCACUUGAGCCCAAGGGAGAUCUACAGCCCUCUGCUACGAGUUCAGGAGAUACGAAGAAGGAGGUGGUCUAA